UUUUUUUUUAAUUUACUAUUUUACGGCUCAUCUUGGUACAACAAGGUCUUUAUUGUUUAUCAUCUCGCUUGUCUCUUUCUCUUCCUCAUACUCUAUCUUCUCUCAUUCAAUACAUCAUCUUUCCUUGGUUACACUUCGUUCUUUCUUUUUCUACCCUUAUCUUACUCUUGUCUCCCCACGCCAUUCUGCUUUUUGUCAACUCAUCCUCUUUCGGCAGAAUGCAAAGCAUCGGACAUGAUCUUCGCCGAGGACUGAAUAAUUUCUCUCUCGGCAAUUACAAAAACAUCAAUAAGUGGCUAGGAGAGCUGAAGAACAUCGAUGCCUCGCUCAAAGUGCUGGACAAAGAGAUCACUACAAGUGCGAAGCUCAUCUCAGGCUGGGGUUGUAAUGAAGGCGAUGACUUGGCGGAUGUCUGUCAGCGCAUGACUCAGCUUAUGGAGGAGGUUGGCCUAAUCCAUCAGGCAUAUUCAAUCCAGCAUACAGCCUACCGUAAACAGAUCAAGAGCCUCAAAGUCCAUGAAAUGGCCCUUGACGAUAACCGCAAAAAGAAACAAGACCUUACUAAUCAAAUCACUAAACAUCAGAAAUCAAGCAAAGAGAACCCUAUCAAAUUGAUGGAGCUUCAGACUGCCCUUGAACGUGUCUCUGCUGAACUGCUGAGUCAGGAACUAGAAUUACUUCAAUUCAAGCGCAUUACAAUCAGGGAUGCUUUCAAUGCUCAAUUUGAUUCCAUGAUUGAGUUUGGAGAAAAGAUGGCUCUCAUUGCAGGAUAUGGUCGCCAGAUAACCAACGUUAUUGACGUGGGACCACAGGAGGCAAAUAAGGCUACACUAUACAACGGAGCAGAGUACACAGCAGCCGCAAUUAGCCAAGUAAGGAUUGCAGUCACCAGCUGGCAACCCCAGCCAGUGGGCAACCCUAUUCGACCUCAUGUCGCGCCAUCCCACGAUGAGCUCGCGAUGUCGGAUGCUGCUAUUGCAUACAACAGUAGAACAUCGCCAGUAGCUUAUGGAGACUCGAAUUCACAAACGGGCAGCCAUGACGACUAUCCGAAUGCAGACCCGGCCCACAGAAGCUCGAGCUACUGGGAAGAAGUCCAAAUGUUGAAAUCGAAUCGUAGUCAAGCAAGUGGCAGCGAUUAUGAAAAUUGGAAGAAUGAGAUCAAUGACGUUGCUAAUCGCUCUGAUGACUACAUAUCACCUCCCGACUCGAACUUGGAUGUUCCUUCAUACACAUCAUCUCCACAGAUGAGUCAUCUUCAGGAACAACAACGUCACUUACAUUUAGAGCAGCAGCGGGCUCGUCAGCAGAGCUCCUCUUCUUAUUCCCCAAAGCCUUCACCAUCACAACAGCACUAUCAAAACGCAGCCUCGACAGUUGCAUCGAACCUUCGACAUUCAAGCACGGAUGAUUACGGAGGUAAUAACAUAGGCGGCCGUCCAUUCACGCCAGCUAUGCUUCGAAGAAGUGAAACAGGUGACAGUUCAGGCUAUGGAGCCCAUCAACAUCAGCCUACGUCGUAUGAAAAAAAUAUGUCCUCAUCUCCAGCGCGAAGCUAUAGACUGGGGUUCGCAGACACAAGGGAACGGAGUAGGAUGGAACGGAUGGAUAACUCAGACCUCUAUAAAAAUGAUAUCGGAACAUCGAUAUCCCCGCGAUAUCCAAGGACGCAAGUAAUCAUGGAUGAGAAAUAGAUAGAAACACAAAGUUUGUUCCUAAGCAGAACUUACCUAUUUUUUUUUCUUUUUGUAUCAUUUUUUUGAGUGCUCUUUCUUACGUAUACCACAACAUUAAUCAAAUCUCAUGAUGGUCCUAUGGAAUGUAUCAUUUAUGAAUGUCCGUCAUCAACGCAUGCAGGCAUGCAACGACACC